UCAUCCGAUCGCUAUCAUGGAUCCGGGGAGAGCUGCACUCUAGCCCCUGCCCCUCGGUCAGGCAGGGAUUUUCUCUCUCAACUUCCUUGAAGCAAGGCUUUAAGGAACAAGUGUGCAACAAUUUAUUUCAGUCUCGUAUGCCAAAUUAGUGCAGCAGGUGAGCUACCUACAGGUGGAUUCAGAGGUAGAGAAGAGGUCGGCUGUAGCAGGGCUCCUAUUAACAGUUUCCAGUGCCUUUAUGCGUAUGUUGUGUCUCUGUCCUUAUGGAGAGCUGUAUUGGAGCUUUGGAAAAAUAGUUGAUGGAUAGCUUGUUGGCAAGCUCUCAUUUACCCCGCUGUGGCUAGACCGAGUCUAGUCUUUGUCUGGGAUGGGACUUGGAGUUCCUAGCCUUUUAUCCAGGCACCUUUCUUGAUGAGUGAGCAGUCUUCAAUAACUUGUAAAUACUUAAUUUCAGUUGAUCUUAACAAGAGUCGAUUCUGAAACUGAACCACACCCAUAGCUUGAAUGACGACUGUUAACACAGCAAACAUUGGCAUGUCAUGUGUGCUGUGCCGGGGAGGAGUCCGGGGCCAUACUCUUCCCAGAAGGAAGAACCUGUGCAGCUCUGGGAAGGGGAAGCCAAAAUCCAGAGGCAAAGCUCACCUGCAAAGGUGGUGCCCCUGCCGCUGCAGCGGGGCGACAGGCCGAGAUGGCGACCUUCGAGGAGCAGACAGCGUGCGUGGUGGAAGCCUUGUUCUCUGACCUCACUGGAGAUAAUGAGACCGAGUGCCGGAGCCUGGAGACAGACUCGGGAGAGCCCGUGCUGUCUGCGGGAGAGCCUCCAGCCAGCUUCGACCCGGUCGUGAUCGCCAGUCGCCUGCGGCGGAUGGGGGACCAGUGCAACAUGGAUUUUGAAAGGGUCUCCUCGGAAGCUCUCGCCGAGGUGCUGAGGGGGAAGAUGGAGAAGUUUGGGGCUGCCGUGGACUCUCUCAGCAGGACCUGGAGCGACCGGAACCCCGAGAUGGCCUAUGAGAGAGCUUUUCUCUCCAUUGCCGUGAAAUUGUUAAUGCACGUCACUAAGAAAGUCCCAGCUAUCGUGCAGCGCAACCAACUCGUACAAGCGAUCAAUGGGAAUUCUCGAGUGAGAAGCUACAUCGAGUCCUGCGGCGGAUGGGAGAACCUGGACAACUGAGAGAAAGGGCCAUGCUGCUUUCCAGAAGGCGAAGCUGGGCUGUUCAUGGAUUGUACCGGGAGGAACGCUGUUGUGUUUCUUCAGGACACUGCAAGCAGGAUUCGACACAUAAGCAACGUGUAACAGACAUUCUGUAUCACUAAAAAUAAAGGG